AUGGCGAGCCCUAAUCGGAAGGUUGUAGUCGGCAUCGACUAUGGAACGACAAAGACCUGCGUCUGUUAUGGUGUCCAAGAUGAUGGCAGCGAACCCGGAGACAUUCUCAUCCGGUCCAUCUACUUCGAGAACGGUGUGUCGACGCCGUCCGCCAUUAGCUACUCUGGUGGCACUGUUCGAUGGGGGAAGAGUGCGGAGUCAGCAGCCAACCACUACAAAUGGACGAAGCUGUUGCUUGACAACAGCUAUGCGACUGACGUCGCGGCUUUCUCCGUUGGAAAUGAAGCGGGAAACCCCCAUUUCCGGUUGCUCGGAAACACGACAGCUGCCAGAGGUGGGGGUGCAACGAUAGAUGCGACAUUGCUGGAGGAGGUCGCCCGACACUGUCAGGUUCACCUAGGCGAUUUACAGCCCCAGAUACAAGGAUCCAAUCUUUUAGAGCGAGUGGCGAGGCUGAAGAUUGAUUUUCAAGGCCAUGGAGAUCAGACACUGGCUCUACCUGAGACAAUCGUUCCCCAGUUUGGUCCUGACGCGGUGGAGAUGACAGUCCAGCCGCAAUUGCUCCGAGGCGCCAUAGAAGAGGUUGUUGUGGAGGCCGUGCGGCUUCUUAUGGGACAACCAGGGGUGGACGCCCACUACAUCCUACUGGUGGGAGGGAUCAGCCAGAUCCCGUUCCUCCGCGAACGGUUUCGACGAGCCCUCCCGGAUGGCAUGACAAUCGUUGUUCCGCGGCACUAUGUGUAUGUGAGGCCUUCCAUUGUGAACGCCGAUCUUGGCAGUAACAGCAAACGCAGGACCGAGCUAGUUGCACACGGCGCGACUUUGCGGGGCCUGUUGGGCCCUGCCAUCCCUACUGCCGUGAUCCGCAGACAUUGUGGCAUCAUCUCGGACACCCCUGGUGGGGUAUAUGAUGACGGACUUCUUGCAGUGGUUCCUAGAGAAGGUUUGAAGUCUCGAUCCUCCGAGGAGGCCGGGAAUCUGUCUCUCAGAAUAUACCACGAAGAGGGCAGUACCCGCUUUAAAUAUAUCCGCUUUGUCCAGAGUGAUGACCGCGUAGCGGCUGCAUCCUCAGAAUGUCGAAUUGCCUGCGAUAUUGAGGGAGUCCAGCUGGACCGUUUCUUUGUUCAUCAUCUCCAAGGAAGCAGGAAAUUUCUGUUGUCCUUUCGUAUCGACUGGCAAAUCACCAAAGAUUCAGAGGUUCAACUCACAGCAUAUGCCGUGAACGAUGAAUACGAGCACCAGGUCGGCGCAAAUACUGUGAGCAUUCCCUGA